AUGCUUUUCAUACUUGCCGUUUUCUCUGACAUACAAUGGACAUGCAGCUUUAAUGGCACAAGAAGUUACACACUCCCAGCAGGUCUCUAUGAUAUCAGAAUUCAAGGUGCUCCUGGAGGUGAUGGCUGCAAUAAUGGCGAUGUUGUGAGCCGUGGUGGACAUGGCGCAAAAGUUAGUGCAAAUGUAAGAAUACAUGGAUCCAAAAAUGUUAUAUUUACUAUCGGUGGCACACCUGAAAGAAAUGAUUGCAAGAAAAGGAAUAAAGGUGGCAUCCCAGGACAGGGCGGUGAUGCAGGUGAUGAUGCUAAUGGUGAUGGUAAUGAUUAUUCGGGCGGUGGCGGUGGUUAUACCGAAAUGAAAGAUGGUUCGGGUAAUACAAUCAUGCUUGCCGGCGGUGGGUCCGGUGGUUGCGGUACAUUCGAAGGUGGAUUUGGCGGAACCGUUGGUACAAAUGGUGGUUAUGUUGAUGGAGACCAAGCUCUACCAAAUGAUCAGCAUACCGGUUCAAGACAAGGUGCAACAGGAACAGAUCGAUAUUAUAUCCCAGGAGCUGGUGGUGGUGGCGGUUACUACGGUGGAAACGGCGGUGACGGUACUGGCAAUCUUUUUGCAUCUGAUAGGAAUGCAUGUGGUUUCGGUGGCUCAUCAUACUAUGAUCUAACAAACGGCGAUAACUCAUGGUUUGAUGGUACAGUGUCUGUUCAAGCAGGAAACCAAGUUGAUCAGGAAAGAUAUUCUCAAGGCUGUUACCAAAUCAUUACAUCUUAUCAAUGCAUUGCAAAUUGUUAUGACUGCAGAGAUGGAAGUACAUGCCAGACCUGUGAAUCAGGUUAUAUCAAGUAUAAUAACAAAUGCUAUUCAACUUGCCCAGAAAAAACAUUUUUUGCAUCAGAUACAUGUGUACAAUGCCAUUCUAGCUGCCAAACAUGUUCAGGGACAUCAAGUAACCAAUGCACUUCUUGCCCAUCAGGAAAGAUUUUAUGGAAUGGACAGUGUUUACCACCAAGAACUAUGAUUCCUACACCAAUGGUCACUCCUAUAUAUACACCAUACGAUACACCAUUCUUAACUGCAAUAAAGACACCAUAUGAUACUCCAUUUCUGACAAAUUCUGAAACUCCCGUCGAAACUCCAUAUCUAACCGAUAAAGAAACACCACUUGAGACAGUUGUUGAAACCCCUGCAAUAACAGCCCAGGAAACACCAGUUGAAACACCUUACUUAACUGAAAUUGAAACACCUGAAGAAACCGUUUUUGAAACUCCAUUUUCAACUUCAGUCGAAACACCAUAUAUGACAGAAGAAGAAACUCCUAUCAAAACAGUAGUCGAAACUCCUUUUGAAACAGCCUUCAUUACACCGAUCUUCACAGAACACGAAACAUUAAUUGAGACUGCAUUUGAUACUCCUUUUCUGACAGAAAAAGAAACACCUGCUGUAACCUUUGUUGAAACACCAUUUCAUACGGCAAUAGAAACACCAUACUUCACAGCUCAUCGAACACCAUUUGAAACUGCUUCCGAAACUUUAUUUGAAUCUCCGUUUUCAACAGCUUUUAGUACACCAAUUUUGACUAUACGUGAAACUGCUUAUGAAACAGUUGUCGAAACCCCAUUUUUGACUGAAAAAGAAACAGCAGUUGAAACGAUUUUCGCUACAAAUUUCGCCACAGCUGAAGAAACCGUAGCACAAACUGUUUUUGAAACCCCAUUUUCUACAGCAGUUGAACCAAUUGCUUCAGAUCCAUCUGAGACAUUACAAAAUACUGAAAUAGUUCACACAGAUUUCAACGAUCCAUCAAAUCACAGUGGAAAUGCCAAUGUUAACAGCGGCGAGAAUAAAAGAGAUUCAACGAAUAAAAAGAAGUACAUUUAUAUUGGAAUAGGAUGUAGUCUUCUAUUCAUCAUCAUUGUGAUUUGUGCCAUUAUUGCUGCUGUUCAUUUUAUGCAUAAUUCGGAUUCAGACUCAUCAGAAUCGAAAUCAGAGGAAAUGCAAGUUGAAUCAGUAAUUUCUACAACAACAACAUAUCAUAAUGUAGCAAUAACAAUAGAUAAUCCAUUAUUCACUACUUCAGUUUUGGAUGAAACAUCGGAUGAUUUAUUCAGACAAGAUUUUGAAGAAAAUAAUUAUUUUGUUUUGAAUAAUUAA